AUGUGCAUCAGCAUAUCAUCAAGAUCUCCAGACUGCAUGAAUUUAACAGGAUCCUGUGUAACACAUACAGAUUUCUGCAAAAACGAGCGGACUCUGCUCAGAAGUAUCUGUGAUUUUACAGAUGGAGACUGCCAAAUAAAAGGCACAAACAUCUGUAACAUGAUCGCCCAGUUAUUGAUACACAAUUCAUCUAUGUGGAGGAUGUGCUUCUGCAGUGGAGAGGAGCCAUGUAGCACUCUGCAGCUGCUUGCCUCUCAAUGCUUUGUGCAUUUUGGUAGAGUGAUCAAAUCUCGGGCUCUUCAACUAGGUCAAAUUGGAAUGCAGCUGGCCAGCAUGGAAGGAACUUUGCAUACAACAAAUAGGUCCUGUGUGCAGGAAAUGAUGCUGUGUAUCCAGGAUGAAGUGUGCAACAGGCAGUUGGUCCCGUUUGUACAGGCUUGUUCAGGGACUCCGUGCAAUAUUUCUGAGUGUAGACAGGCCAUGAAAAAGUUCUACGGUGCUUUGCCACUCAAUGUGGCAGAGAUGCUGGUGUUUUGUGACUGUGAGCUUGAAGACAAGGACUGUCAGCAUGUGAAAACCACAUUGCACAGUGAUACAUGUGGUGUCCAAACAGAAGCCUUGACAUGUUUGGAAAUACUUGAUGAAUGCUUGGGCGAUGAUUUAUGCAGACAAAUGUUUGAUGCGUUCCUGUCCAAAUGCUUUGAUACGGAAGAAGAUCCAUACUUCAGCAGCGAUGCCAUUGACUGGUUAAAUGUCAUGGAUCCUAACCUUUUCCGGGGCGGAGAGCAAGAGUGUAGGACAGUUUUUGUGGCCACCAUGGGUUCCAUUCUCCAGCAUCCAUGCACUUGCAAUGGAAUCAGCAGCAACUAUCUCUACAGAUGUAAUGUGCUUCUUCAGACAUUUCAAAGAUCCAAUUUUUUGCGCUAUUGGAAUAAAGGAAACGUCCAGCAUCUGCCCCCCCAGGUGAAUGACUCCAGAUUUGGAUACCUGCAGUUGCAUGAUGAGUUCAACCGGAACAGGAACAGGUCAUUUGCUCACAUAACAGACCAACUAUUAUACAUAUUUGCAUAUCUUUUUGUGGUUGUGGUGAUAUUGCUUGCUGUUAUCAUCAUUUUACACCAACAAGGAUACUCGUAA